ACAAAUAUUUUAUUUUCUGCUGUGCUGUACUCUGCUGGGUUCCAAGCGACGAAAUUGGCCAUGAGCUCGGCGGAAGAACUAAACGAAUCGAUACACCAGUACAAAACGCAGCUCACACAAAUCAACCAGGCACUCCAACUGACGACGAAUGCCGGUGAACGAACGGAACUAGAGAAGCUAAAAGAUGAUCUAACGGAACUGCUAAACCUUACGCAAGAAACGCUCGACCAUUCCACGGCAGGAGAGGCCGAACCGAAAGCCGGUGACACUAUCGAUGAUGAGUUUGCUCUCUUUAUGAACGAAAUCAAACAACUCGAUACCGUACCGAAGAAUGAUGAACAUGAGGCACAAGCAUCGAAUAAUGAACCGGCAACAAAACCGGAACCGGAAGCAGAGGAGCUCGAUCUGGAAGGGUUGAUCGGUAGUAAGUGCUCGGCACCGCACGUGCAUACUUGGGGCUCCAGGGUGUACCAUAAUGCGAUGGUAUGCAGCCUGGAUACGAGCGAGCUGGCCGAGGCCACGGCCAAAGUACUGUUCACCAAUCCGACCCACCGAGAGAUGGUGCCGUGUGCGUACUUUCUCGAGGGCGAGUGUCGUUUCCCGGACGAUCGGUGCCAUUAUUCGCACGGUGAAACGGUCCGAUUGGAUGAGCUGCGUGAUUACCGUGAGCCAAAGUUCGAGCAGCUACAGCGACCCGGUAGCCGGGCCCUGGUCAAACAAGCGCACACCCGCCUCUGGUGCAAGGGUACGGUCCGAUCGGUGGACUACGAGCAUCGGACUUGUAAGCUGGUGCUGGAAGAAGGCAAACGACAAGAGGUCGAGGGAAUACCGUUCGAGGAUCUAUUGCCACUCGAUGACACAUUAGAGGAUGUUGAGGAAGACGAAGAAGAAGAAGACGACGACGACGACGACGACGACGAUGACGAGAAUAACGACAACGAUGCUGAUGCCAUCCGGAGAGCCCAGUUGGUGGAAAAGAGUCUCUUUCAACCUGCGCCGGAUCGUCGGUUGGGUGAAUGGGAAGAGCAUACGCGCGGGAUCGGCUCGAAGAUCAUGCAAAAGAUGGGCUACGUCGUCGGAACGGGACUGGGCCGUGAGGGUGAAGGAAUCGUUCUACCGGUGAGCGCCCAGGUACUGCCCCAGGGACGCUCCCUGGACUACUGUAUGGAGCUGCGCGAGCAAGCGAACGGUGAUCGUGAUCUGUUCAGUGUCGAGAAGAAGUUGGUACAGUUACGCCGGCAGCAGGAGAAGCGUGAUGCCCGAGACUACGCACGGCAACAGGAGGCCGCCGCCAAACGGAAGGAUGUGUUCAGCUUCAUCAAUGAUAAAGUGCUCAGCUCAGGUGGUCAAAGCUCAAAGGGUGGUGGUGAUGCCGCACAGCAUCGGUCACCGCUCGCGCUUGGUAGCCGCGAUCUAAAGGAGCAUUCCUCCAAAAACCUCAACAUUGCAAGCCUCAAACUGUCGGAGGAAAUCCGCCGGGUGGAGGCCGAAGUCGAGCGGUUAAAGAUUGCUUUAACGCGCCACAAACCGGGCACCCCGGCCGGCGAUAGUUUGCAGCGACAGCUGGCGGCCAAGCGAGCCGACAUUGCCCGGUUACAGGCCACGGAAGGUACCAUCUCCAAGGAGCAGCAGCUGCGCAAUGAUAAGCGCAAAAUGACAGUAUUUUAGACACGACUUAGCGGCUUAGCAAUAAAGAACGCACAAACU